GCAGCCUGUGCAGAGCAGAGCAGAGAAGCCGAGAGCCCGGCUGUACCGCCCCCUAGGGCCCCAUCAGAGGUGACUGUAGAGGAACCCCAACAUUCACCGGUGGUAGAAGAAGAAUCCGGGAUCCUGGCACCAAAUUCCGGCCUCCUGCAGGUCACAGAAAGAAGACAGCCUCUGAGCAGCGUCUCGUCCCUUGAAGUGCACUUUGAUCUCCUGGACCUGACGGAACUCACAGAUAUGUCAGAUCAGGAACUGGCCGAAGUGUUCGCCGACUCGGACGAUGAAAACCCGCACAACGAGCCGCCACCACCAUUGCCUCCUCUGCCACGUGCCGGGUAUCUACGCUCUCCAUCCUGGACCCGAUCGCGAGCAGAGAGGGAGAAGAAGCAUCUCAGUGAUUCAGAACUGCAAGGAGGCCUGCUGGACACGUUCCUUGCUGUAGAGAGAUCCAAAGAGAAUUAG